UGGGCGUGGCUCAGCCUAAAGAUACAGGGAACUCUGGGGCUAACCCUAAACACACCCCGAAACCGACCCCUGUCCCGGUUCCUCCCCCUACAUCUACCCCUGCCCUGAAAUCGACCCCUGUCCCAGUUCCUCCCCCUACAUCUACCCCUGCCCUGAAAUCGACCCCUGUCCCGGUUCCUCCCCCUACAUCUACCCCUGCCCCGAAAUCGACCCCUGUCCCGGUUCCUCCCCCUACAUCUACCCCUGCCCUGAAAUCGACCCCUGUCCCGGUUCCUCCCCCUACAUCUACCCCUGCCCUGAAAUCGACCCCUGUCCCGCUUCCUCCCCCUAUAUCUACCCCUGCCAUGAAAUCUGCCCCUGAUCCUACCCCAAUAUCUACCCCUGCCCUUAAACCUACUCCGAAAUCUACCCCUGUAUCUGCCCCUAUACCUGACCCAAAAUGUACCCCAGUUUCUCCCCAUAUCAUUUCCCCUGCCUUGACCCCUGCUCCUGCCCCUGUACCCCUCUCUACUCCCGCCCUACCCUCCACCCCUGCCCCCUCCUCCUCCUCCUCCACUCCCGCCCCUCGAGAGUGGGACCCCCCUACGGAGAGAGAGACCCUGCCCCCCUCCAGCCUCUUCAACCACCCGGCCCACACCACCACCAUUCCCACACGCAAACGCAAGCCCCCGCCACUCAAGAACAAGGUGCACCCCAACCCAGACAGGCAUGUGUCCGGGCACCCCAAACCCUGA